AUGAGGAUCUCUUACCUGGUCUUUGGGUUGCUGCUUCUGUGCCUGGUGCCUGCUCCAGGUUACGGAGGGAUCAUAAGCACAGUGCAAAGGUACUUCUGCAAAGUGAGGAGAGGCCGCUGCGCCUUGGUGAGCUGCCUCCCCAAGGAGGAGCACAUAGGCAGCUGCUCAAUAAGCGGCCGAAAGUGCUGCCGGAGGAGGAAGUGA